AUGGUGGCAAUGUCCAUGCGAUGCGCUGCUGAAACAGCUAGAAAGGCGGUUGCACGCUUGCGUGCCGCCGAAGAGAGUUCUUCUCAAGCCUCAGCAACAGGUGGUCUUUUGCCUGCUGUUGCGGUUCAGCAACAGGCAGUGCCUGUUGUGAAGAGUCCACGUGGUGAGUCACCACGUGCAACAGAUACAUCCUCUGUGUAUGCAGCGGGUGCUACGACUCACAAUGCGGAUGAGCCUGAAGUAGAACUCAUCUAUUCUGGCGAGUCUGAUGAUGCAUCCGACUUGAAGGCGACACCUCACGCCUCUGGAUCAUCCGGGGCGGACACUGCAAGAACCAGGUUGACUGACUUUGGGGAACGUGGCGGUAUCAAGUCUGAGAUAUUCGGAUUGAGCAAUUCGUCUGACGAAUCCUCGUCUCACGCAAGUCUAUCUGACAACAGGACGCGUGGUAAUGGUGGUGACGCAACUAUACGUCACAACGAUAGAAGCAACUCGGGGGAUCGAGCUGCCACUGGUGUCAGUGCUCAUGCUGACACCACACGAGAGGCCAGGGACCAAAAUUUCCUGCGCCAUGAUCAUCAAGUGGGGUCUCCUUGGAUGCCAUCAUCCAAGGAUUUAGAUCGAUUGGUCGGUAUGACCACUGAACGGUAUCGAAUCCCGUUGUUUGACUGUAGAAGGAUCCUUCCUCCUAAUUCAAGCACGGAAACUAUCCUUGCUGAGGAAGAGUUCUUCAUCGAUGUGUUUUUCAAACAUCAGUGGUACAACGGCAAUCGUGGUCGAGACGGUAAGGCCUUGGUGCAAAAGUGGAAUGCCUUCAUCCAUAACAUCGAGUGCAUUGGCCGUGAGGCCUGGAUCGGUAAACUUGAUGCAGCUCGCAUCAGGUUUGAAAAGCGUAAUCCAGUCGGUGGACAAUGCAAGUUGCACCGAAUGUCAAGAGAGGCAGGGUUACCCUGUCUAUCGUGGGGUGAAACGUGCCCAAGUUGCCUGUACAAUGCGAAUUGUGCACAUAGGGAGGCCUAA